AUGGCUGAAGGAAAAAAAAAAAAAAGCAAAAAAAAAAAAUCCUCAGCAAAUUGGUACUCGGAUAGUUGAUGUGGAUGAACUGAUGGAUAAUUUAAUUUGUUGUUUUUGUAAAAAAGAUAUAUUAUUAAAAAAUAUUGUGAAAGAAACAAAGUUCGGAUUAAGUUCAGUUUUUUGUAUUAAAUGUGAAAAUUGCUCUACAUUAACUAACGUGAAGACCAGUAAAAAACACAUCACCAAAGAUGAUACAAAACACAGUGAUAUCAAUACAAAAAUUGUGUUAGGUGCAGUACACGCUGGAGUUGGAUAUACUUGUCUAAGUAAAAUUUUGGCUUGCGCUGAUAUACCAAUGAUAUCGCAAGCUCUGUAUAAAAGGUAUGAACGAGAAGUAGGGCCUGUCAUAGAAGAGGUUGCCAAAGAGAGUUGCAAGCGAGCUGCAGAAGAAGAACGUAGUUUGGUACUUGAAAACAUCGAAAAACUAUGCGAAGAACUGUAAGACAUUUAUCGAAUUUUUAGUUACAUUUAUUUUGAUUGCUGAUAAAUAUAAUAAAUCAUGCGAAUCUGUUAAUGCCGUACUACUCUGAUUAAAAAAAGUGUUGAGACAAAGAAAAAAUUAUUGAGAAGUAUUAGUUUACUCAGCAAUCCAAUAAGUACUUUUCAAUACUUUUUCCUUUGUGUUAAUACGUUCUUUUUAUUCAGGGUACUACUACCAUAAUAAUUAAUAGUA